CUCAAUUUUUUUUCUCUUCGGCGAGAUUCUCAGACAUGUAUUACAUUUCUAACCUACAUAAGAUAUUAAGAACAUAAUUUUAAUAUUGCACGUUGUGUUUCAAACUUUUGAGCAUUAUUACCAAGCAUUAUUAACUAUGUGCUUCGAAUUUUUUGAUUUAUAGCUUAUAUACUGCUUCGACAAUGGGAAAAGUUUACUCUUUGUUAACACGACCUAUUCGCACGUUCAAUAUCGCAAAUCGUGCUGAAAGAAUCAUAUCUCGAGAGAAGCCUGUACCCGCACCUCAAUAUGCAUAUGCGGAAAAACAAAAAAAAUUCGCAGACAAAGUAAAUCCAAAUUUCCUGAAAGAACAUUAUCAAAAAAAUAUGCAAUUGGAUCAACGUUUGAAAGACGUUUUUGUAACAUCGACAGAUCCAGAAAAAGUAAUUGAACCAACGAAAGAAUCAAGAUCUUUACCUCAGAAUAGACAUGCACCAGAUGAAUUCAUAUUUGAUUUUUAUGAACCUACAAUGAUUCCUGUAGGAAAGUGCUCUAUGAAGCAGGCUAUGCAAUUUAUUUGGGAUCAUCAACAUGAUCCUGUAACAUAUAACAGUGAACACAUAGCUGCUGGAUAUAAAAUUGAUAAGAAAAUAGUAGAUGAUAUAUUGAAACAUUUUAAACUUUAUAAAACUGCGACGGCAGACAUGAGUAACGAUAAAUUGGAAGAUCCAAUACAAGAUAUGAUCGACCAAGCAGUAGAGGAAAAAAAGAGGAAGGAACUUCUAAAAAAAAAAGAGUAAUAUAAACAUUGUAUAUAGAAAAAUAAUUUAUU